GCCACACAAGCUCAAGUUCAAAGUUAUCCUUGAACUUCAUCUUCUUCCUCUCUCUAUCUAAUCCAAAUUGCUCAUCGAUUUUCAAAUUAGCUUGAUGAUAUCCGAUUCAAUUCGUCAAUAAUUCCGAUUUUUCUUUUAAAUUUCGUAGCUUUCUGGGUUGAAAUUCGUUGGAGUUUCGUCUCUGCAUGCCGAACUGGAAUGAGAUAAAGCUUCUGGGUUGAAUUGAGAUGCCGUCGAUGCUGGUUCUCGUCGGCACAUUGCCGUCGUUAGCUUCUCUGGUUAGUCCAGGAGGUGGUGGUGGUGCGAGUGUUUCGUCGUACGCAUUAGUAAAAAGGGUUUCUUUGCCGAGGAGAAGCGUCAAAGGAGCUAAGAAAUGGUUGUGUAGAUAUUCUCUUUCCACUAGUACUACUGACUUCAUCGCUGAGCAAACUGUUUCUUUAGAUUCAAACUCUUUUGAAGGAAGUAUUGAAGAGGAUGAGGGUGAGAUCGUGCUCAAGCAGGCUCCUAAGCCUGUGUUGAAGCCCCCUGUGGCGAGGGUGAGUUCUGCUCCUUGGAGUAAGGAGGGUAAGUUUGAUGGAGAAAAAGAAGAGAGGAGUAAGGUUAUUGAGUCUCUUGGCGAAGUGUUGGAUAAAGCUGAGAGGUUGGAGAUUCCGAAACCGGUUAGUAAAGAGGGUGGUGAGGGUUUUAAGCCGUCACAGCCUAGUGCUAACAGUAGUAACUCCAAAGGUGAUGGCUUUGGGACACGGAAGACGAAAACUAUGAAGAGUGUGUGGCGUAAGGGUGAUGCUGUUGCAGCUGUGCAGAAAGUUGUUAAGGAAUCACCUAAAAUUGAUAAUAAGGGAAUGCAGGGUGAUGCCAAAUCAGGCACUCAAUUGUCACCACCUCAGCAACCUUUAAGAGCUCAGCCACAGUUACAAGGCAGGCCUAUGGUAGCUCAGCCACCUGUAAAGAAACCCAUUUUAAAAGAUCAUGGUAUGGCAACGAGGCCUUCAGGUCCCAUCUUAAAAGAUGUUGGUAUGGCGUCAAAGCCUUCAGUUUCUGAAGAGGUUGAUUCUAGCUCACAAAGUAAAGAAAGGAAGCCCAUUUUGGUUGAUAAGUUUGCAUCCAAGAAAAAAGGUGUUGAUCCUGUGGCCUCUCAGACUGUGUUGGCUCCUACCAAGCCUGGAAAGGGUCCACCUUCUAACAAGUUCAGAGUUGAGCAACGUAAUAAAAAAAAUGCAUCAGCUAAUCCAAGGCGAAGAAUGGCUGCUGAAGAUGACGCCGACGAAGAUGCAUCCGAGUUAAAUGUCUCAAUUCCAGGAAAAGGUAGAAAAGGGAGAAAAUGGAGUAAAGCUAGUAGGAAGGCUGUAAGACUCCAGGCUGCCAGAGACGCAGCACCUGUUAAAGCUGAAAUCUUAGAGGUAGAGGAAGAAGGCAUGUCCAUCGAGGAUUUGGCUUACAACCUAGCCAUAGGUGAAGGUGACAUCCUUGGGUAUCUAUAUUCAAAAGGGAUUAGACCUGAUGGUGUGCAGACCUUGGACAGAGAGAUGGUGAGGAUGAUUUGUAGAGAUUACGAUGUUGAGGUCCUUGAUGCUGAUUCAGUUCAAGUUGAAGAAAUGGCAAAGAAGAAGGAAAGUUUUGAUGAAGAAGAUUUGGAAAAGUUAGAAGACAGGCCUCCUGUCAUCACGAUUAUGGGUCAUGUGGACCACGGAAAGACCACUCUUCUGGACUAUAUCAGAAAAAGCAAGGUUGCUGCUUCAGAAGCAGGGGGGAUUACACAAGGAAUUGGUGCAUAUAAGGUGUCAGUGCCUGUUGAUGGGAAGUUGCAGUCCUGUGUUUUCCUUGAUACUCCUGGACACGAGGCGUUUGGUGCAAUGAGAGCUCGCGGAGCACGGGUCACUGACAUCGCAAUCAUUGUGGUUGCUGCUGAUGAUGGAAUUCGACCUCAAACAAAUGAAGCAAUAGCUCACGCAAAGGCUGCUGGUGUCCCUAUAGUCAUAGCUAUAAAUAAGAUAGAUAAAGACGGAGCUAGUCCAGAGAGAGUAAUGCAAGAGCUUUCUUCAAUUGGUUUGAUGCCUGAAGAUUGGGGUGGUGAUGUGCCAAUGGUUCAGAUCAGUGCGUUGAAAGGCGAGAAUAUCGAUGAUCUGUUGGAAACUGUCAUGCUUGUUGCAGAGCUGCAAGAGUUGAAAGCAAACCCACACAGAAAUGCCAAGGGCAUUGUUAUUGAGGCUGGACUUGAUAAAGCGAAAGGACCAUUUGCGACAUUCAUUGUUCAGAAGGGCACGUUGAGAAGAGGGGAUGUUAUUGUUUGUGGAGAAGCUUUCGGAAAGGUACGAGCUUUAUUUGAUCACAGCGGCGAACGAGUUGAUGAAGCUGGACCUUCCAUACCUGUACAGGUGAUUGGUUUAAAUAAUGUACCCAUUGCUGGUGACGAAUUUGAGAUCGUCUCUUCACUUGAUGUGGCGCGUGAGAUGGCAGAAGCACGUGCAGUAUCACUACGAGAUGAAAGAAUAUCUGCAAAGGCUGGGGAUGGAAAGGUCACCCUUUCUUCCUUGGCUUCUGCUGUAUCAGCGAAAAAGAUGUCAGGCUUAGAUUUGCAUCAGCUUAAUAUCAUAUUGAAGGUCGAUGUACAGGGAUCCAUUGAAGCUGUCAAACAAGCUCUGCAAGUUCUCCCUCAAGAGAAUGUGACCUUGAAAUUUUUGCUACAAGCGACAGGGGAUGUGAGCAACAGUGAUGUUGAUCUAGCAUCAGCGAGUGAAGCCAUCAUUUUUGGAUUUAAUGUCAAAGCAUCUGGUUCUGUUAAGAAAGCUGCGGAAAACAAAGGUGUUGAGAUCCGAUUAUAUCGAGUUAUCUAUGAACUUAUUGACGAUGUACGAAACGCAAUGGAAGGACUUCUUGAGUCUGUUGAGGAACAAAUACCAAUUGGAUCAGCAGAAGUUCGAGCUACUUUCAGCAGUGGAAGCGGUCGUGUGGCUGGAUGCAUGGUGAACGAAGGGAAGUUUGUCAAAGAUUGUGGCAUCAAGGUGAUCCGGAAGGGUAAGACUGUACAUGUUGGUGUCCUUGAUUCUCUUAAGCGAGUUAAAGAAAAUGUGAAAGAGGUGAGUGCUGGAUUAGAAUGUGGUAUCGGUAUGGAUGACUAUGACGAUUGGAUCGAAGGAGACACCAUCGAGGCCUUUAACGCGGUUCAAAAGAGGCGAACGCUUGAAGAAGCAUCAGCUUCAAUGUCUGCUGCAAUCGAAGAGGCUGGAGUUGAAUUGUAAUUUUAGUCAUCAAGGAAACUCAAGCAAACAGGGUAAGCUUUGUGUCUCACAACACUUUGGUUGGUACAUUGUUUGUAUGGUCGCAUCUUGUAUAUGGUAUAUGUUUCUACAUUCGGUUGAUUGAUGUAGGAAAAAAUAACCCAAAUGUGACAAUAUUUUAUUUAUGAAAUCAAAAGGUAAUUACUUAUUUUA